AUAAACGGAAAGAAAUGAACUUAGUGUGGUUUUUUCGAUUACUGAUCCUAUCAACCUUGUUCUGGCUGUUUGUACUCGAGCUGUUGAUAUUCUACAAUAGCACUACUUUCGUUGAUCUGAUUGAGUUUAUACAAAAGCCUUACAAGGAGAAUGUAGAGAACUAUGAUGUUGGCCUACGAAGUCAGCACUGGGAUGAUGAUCGCAUACCGAGGAUUCUACGGCAGCAGGUUCGCGUUCAUUGCCUAGUUUAUAUGGAUCGUUCGGACUACAAGUUUGGUGCUCAGAAGGCGGUGCAUGUGAAAAAUAGUUGGGGUCGUCGGUGCGAUCGGCUGACCUUUAUCAAUCAAAAGGAGAUCACUCUGCUGGAGGCAUAUCGCCAGAUUUAUGUGGAGUUCCACAAAGAACUCGACUGGCUGCUGGUUGUUUACUUGGACUCGUACGUCAUUAUGGAGAAUCUACGCUACUUGCUGGCCCACUAUUCUCCUUCCGAGGAGGUAUACUUCAGUGCCCAUCAUGCCGUCUAUAUCUAUGCUCAUGUUGGUCAGGUCUCCAGCACUGACUAUAUCUUCAGUAGGGAGGCAUUGGAGCGAUUAGCGACAAGGAACUGCCUGCAAAACGAGAUUUUUUUCAGGGAGUGCCUGAAACGAAUGAAAAAGGCUCCCAGCGAGGGUCUUCAAUCAUUCAACGUUCCGGAUGAGGUGAUUCCCUAUAGCCUACGCAAUAACUUUUGGCUAUGGCCCUGCGCUUUUCGAGCCGUCUACGAUAAUCAGAGUUGGGAGAGCUGUUUUAGCGGAGCAAUACUGCACCCAUAUUGCCGUGCCACGCAAAUGUAUAUUCUAGAAUUUGUGUACUAUCACCUGCGACCCUAUGGCCAUGUGAAUCCCCUGCCAGAACUGAGGUCUCCAAGUUUUCCAAUGAGCAUAAAAUAUAGACCGUUGAAUGAUUGGCUGGCAAGGUAUAUGUAUCGAUCGGUUAGAAUAAUAUGCUUGGUUAUAUCCUGGCCCAAGAAGUACAUGAGUGCCGUGAAGGCAAUUAAUGAGACCUGGGGUCGCCAUUGCAACCGAGUGGUGUAUUAUGGCGGUUCUUCCCAAACCACCUUGUCUGGAGUGAAGAUUGUGGGCCUGAACGUCAGCGAUACUCGCAGUAAUCUGUGGGGCAAGUCGAAGGCAGCAUUUCACCAUGCUUAUAAGAAUUACGCCCACGAGGCGGAUUGGUUCUAUAAGGCUGAUGAUGAUACCUAUGCCGUAAUGGAGAAUAUGCGUAAACUGCUCCAACCCUACUCACCUGCCCAUCCGAUUUAUUUUGGCUCUCCGUUUAAACUGGCAAACACAGUCUAUAUGUCCGGAGGUGCUGGUUAUGUGCUCAGCAAAAAGGCUGUGAAGCUAUUGGUUCUUGGGGCAGCCAAGAAGUGCCUGCCAGGAGAUCAAGGUACUGAAGACUAUACAAUGGGCAAAUGUCUGCGCAUAUUGAAUGUGGAUGCCGGCGAUUCCAGAGACCUUUUGGGUCGUCAGCGGUUCUUUUCACUUUCCCUGGAACAUUUUCUUAUACCGAAUCAUGAUGAUGAAAACUUUUGGCUAAAGGAAUAUCUCUACCAAAUAACUGGAACGGGUAUGGAAUGUUGUUCCACCUACUCAAUUUCAAUACACAAUGUUUCACCCUACGAAAUGCAUUUUCUGGAAACCAUUUUGUAUAAAAGCCGACCAUAUGGACUUCUUGCUGGGCAUCCUCCGUCAAGACGCCUUAGAAAAAAACCACUUUGGAAACAGCAAUAUAGAUUAUGAUGCAAUUUUAAUUUAAUUUUAACAUUUCUUUAUAAU